GUGAGUUCGUGCUGCGUGCAUCGGUGCAUCAGCGUACGUGCGACGUUUGUUUCGCUUAUCCGUCCGUUGUGAUUUUAGUGAUUUGUCGUCGUGCAAAGUCGACGAGGUAGUGUCGCGAGGAUCCGCGGGUUUCGAGGUUCAUGGACGUGUGCCAUCGUUCCGCCGUCAGCUCGUAAGGAAGGCGUCGAUCUUUUAACCGCCCCGCCCCGCUACAACUUGAUACCCUCGGUAGUCGGUACCCUCGUGCAGAGCGGUGUUUCCGUCCCGUUUGCAGACGUAGUAAAUUUUACGAUGUAAACGAGGCAGCGGAGAGGCAAGAGAAAGUCUCUCGCGUUUUGUCCUAUCCCUCUCCGUCCCCCCCUGAGUCGAGAAGGGUGGAUCGUCCAGGUGUCGAAGGUGAGAGGAGCGCGAGGAGAUCCCCGUUCGGGAGUCUUGCCCUGACGGUGACAUCGACGUUUAGAGUUUGAGUGCACAGUUGACAAUCCGGACAACAAACAUGUCGGGCGCACCACAAAUGUCCAGUGGGCUCAGCAAGCUAAAGAAGAAGCACUUCCGGGUGAAGCACCAGAAGGUUAAGCUGUUCCGCGCGAACGAGCCGCUGCUCAGUGUGUUUAUGUGGGGCGUCAAUCACACGAUAAAUGAACUUAGUCACGUUAACAUUCCAGUAAUGCUCUUGCCAGAUGAUUUUAGAGCUUUCAGCAAGUUGAAAGUGGAUAAUCAUCUCUUCAACAAAGAGAACAUGCCCUCCCAUUUCAAAAUCAAGGAAUAUUGUCCGUUAGUCUUUAGGAAUUUGCGAGAAAGGUUUGGAAUAGAUGAUUUGGAUUACAAGGAGUCAAUGACAAGAUGUCGGGUGUUUAAUCCUUCGCGAGCAAAACAACAAACGGAUUUGGUCGAUGGAAUAGGCAGAAGGACUCGUCAAUUGGUUCAGCGCGCCGCUACCUUCCCAUCGAUUACCCUUUCCUCUCCUUCUUCUGCCUCCUCGCACAAUUCUAUUCUAAACAAACCACUGCGUACCUGCAGUCUUAAACCGAAACGCCUGAGAUCUCAACCAGUGCUUGACGAUUCAUCUGGGAAGAGUGGUGCAAAAUUUUAUCAAUCUUACGACAAACUGUUUAUAAUUAAAACCCUCACGAGUGAAGAAGUGGAGAGGAUGCAUUCGUUCUUGAAACAUUAUCAUCCCUAUAUUGUCGAGCGACAUGGAAAGACAUUGUUACCGCAAUACCUGGGAAUGUACCGAUUGACCGUUGACGGUGUCGAGUACUACGUAGUUGCCAUAAGGAAUGUAUUCUCGAAUCAUCUGACGACGCACAAGAAAUUCGACCUAAAAGGCUCGACAGUAGACCGAGAAGCGUCAGAUAAAGAGAAGGAAAAGGAUCUCCCUACCUACAAGGAUAACGAUUUCGUUAAAGAGGGUAUGAAGAUUUACAUCGGAGAAGAAGCCAAAACUAAGCUAAUAGAAACAUUAACCGCUGACGUAGAUUUCUUAACAAGAUUACACUUGAUGGAUUACUCCUUGCUACUUGGCUUACAUGAUUGCGCGCGCGCCGAGCAAGAGAGCAGAGAACGUGCGGAAAGAGAAGAUGACGAGGACAAUCACGAAGAAGAGGAUGACAGCGAGUCAGGUAGUGGAUUGGAGUCUCGAGGCCCAUUGGCAGACCGCUUAUGGGGUUGGAGUGGCGUCGGUCACACGGUUACCAAUAUGGCAACACCUCCCGAGUCACCACAUGCAGCGUUAAUGCGUGACACCAGUUUACAGUAUGAAGAUGCAAUAAUACCUGAGCUAGAUAUUUAUGCCAUUCCUAGUAAAGAAGGUGCUCCCAUGAAGGAAAUUUAUUUUUUGGCCAUAAUAGAUGUGCUGACGCACUAUGGCGUACGUAAACAAGCGGCGAAAGCGGCAAAGACCGUCAAAUACGGUGCCAAUGUUGACGGUAUAUCCACCUGUGAUCCAGAACAAUACGGCAAACGAUUCAUAGAGUUCAUGAGCAAAGCCAUAGAGUAAAAAAUAUUAUUAAUCGUUGUGCAUAAAAUAAUGAAUUUACGACGAUAUUACUGUUUACUGUAUAUUGUCGGAGUGAAAUCGAAAUCGCAAACCGAAAGAGGGAGAAAAACAGUUUUGGAGGUUAAAUUGUUGCAGUCUUUAUUCGGUUUGCUUUUCGAUACCGAUUAUCUUCUUUAGCGUUUUCACUUGCGGUUCAUACACGAUCGUAUGAAUCUUGUUUCAGCUUUUAAGUGAACACGUCCUUCGCCGAUAUUGUUUAUUAAAUGUAUUUUACGGCAAGAGAUUUUUAUUCUCGAUUAUUACUUUAUGUCUAUGUUGCUUUGUUUAGUCAGUCUUCACGUGAAGAAAUGUGAUCGAUUUCUCAAAUUUGUUGAAAUUCUCUUUCUCCGUGAUAGAACUUUCAAUUGUAUAUAGUGUUAUACUUGCACACUUGCAAACGCGAGAAUUGUCAUGAAGUAGAAAAACGACGCCUCUUUUUUUUCUGUCACCUGUUCAUUUUAUCGCGCAUUUUUUUCCAUCAAUGAAAACGAUAGUUUUCGAUUGCUUCGAUAGUUUACAAUCUUGUAUCAUUCGAUGAAUCAUCUGCGACAGAAAAUAGCAUUGGAAUGUAACACCAAUUGGGCACAGGUAAUAUUAUCUGUGGAUUGAGAUAAAAAGCUCGAAGUCGCACAAAAUCUUAUCUACUGAUAUCAGUAACUGUAAUACUUGAAAUUAUAUUAGCAAUUUUUUUUAUAGCGGACUAUAAUAAACGGACAUGAGUCAUACUAUAUGCUACAGAAAGAUAUCUAACUUGAUGUGUUACCGUUGCAGUAAAUUUCACUCAAGCAUUGUGGCGCUUGCCAAGUAUAGAGCUGCCUGGAUAUGCGCCUAAUCAUAUUUUAACAUAUAAGAUGUAAUUUUAGUAGCGAUGAAACUAUUAUACGAUUGUCCGUUGUUUCGCUAAAUUAUUGAUAACAAUAUACACUUUGCAGUAUCGAAGGCAAUGUACACACACGCACACGUACACACACACGUGUAUAUAUGCAUAUACAAGUCGUUACGAAAUAAAAUACACUUUGUAAAUGUUAUAUUUAGUCCGGUUCGAUUAUCACAGAUCGAUAGUUCAGUUACUUCACAAAAUAUAUCUAUGGGGAAUGACACGAUCCAUUGAACGGUAUUAUCUACACGAUACAUAUCUAUCUUUGAUGCUCGUAACAACACUCGAGUCGGCAACUUACUACCGUGCCUUUCAUUUCACUAAACUACUAAAGAAUAUUCGAAAAAGACCCAUUGUUCUUCCGAAGAUAGGAUUCGAUCUGCAGAUCCGUGCAUAGUAUCGUAAAUUGUUUUAUUUAACAAGAAAAUAUUUGACGAAAAUUGAACGUAAUCGUUGAGCAAUUUGUUGUACUAUAUUAUGAGAAAGGAGAAUGUGUACUGCGUUACGUAAGACAAUAUCUAAUACACUUUUAUAUACAUAUAUAUAUAUAUGUAU